GCGAACUUUAUCGUGGAUGUUCUCUACUAAAUCCUUUCAGCAAAAAUAUGGCAAUAUCGCAAAAUGAUCAAGUAUGACACAUAGAAUGGACCUGCUAUCCCCGUUUAAAUAAGAAAAUCUCAUUUCAAUAGGCCUUUAAAGACACUUGCUACAAAAUGAGGGGUUAAUGACAUAUUAAGUAUGUCUCAAAUAGAGAUGGGAGCAUGUUUUUAUGUGACUGACGAUAGAGCACAUAGCGGUGACUCACCUAAUUCCUGCCUCCUGGUGUUUGAAGGGUCAUGCAACCCCAUCAUGCCGAACUGCUCUCGCCCCGAUUCCCUCGCCCUGCUGGAGGCUCUCAGGCCAGUUUUCAACCUCAGCUCCAUCCGACCCGUGGUGAACAGUUCAACUCCCACUCACGUCCAAAUCGACUUCAUCCUGGUCAACAUUCUGGGGGUGGACGAAAAGGCCCAGCUCCUCAAGACGUACAUCUUCCAAUACCUUAUUUGGAGAAACGAGUUUGUCAGCUGGAACUCGACCGAGUGCGGCACAGAGUGGCUUACUGUCCCCAGAAAGCUGCUGUGGGUUCCCGAUGUGGUCAUCAACGAGUUUAUGGAGAGAAACUUGGCGCAAAAGUCGGCGUACACGUAUCUGGCACACAACGGCACGGUGUUUGAUGCACACCCUGUGCGAGUGGUCAGCUCCUGUAGACUCGACACUUACACCUUUCCCUUUGACAUCCAGAACUGCACGCUGACAUUCAACUCCUACCUGCAUCACACUUCUUCACUACAGCUGGGCCAAAUAUUCACAACAGAGAAAAUACUGGAAUUUUCCAAAGAAAUUAUAAAAACUAAGGGCGAGUGGGAACUCAUCGGAAUCGCGGCGUCUAAAAACCAACUACUAUCUUCGGUUGGAGAGCUAUAUGACGAGCUUCGCUUCUUCAUCUCGUUACGGCGCAGGUCCACGCUCUACGUGGUCAACCUGUUGAUCCCCAGCUGCUUCCUCAUCACCGUCGACCUCUUCAGCUUCCUGUUGCCUCCUCAGAGUGUGGACCGCUCCUCCUUCAAGAUGACCCUCAUCCUGGGCUACACCGUCUUUCUGCUCAUCAUGAACGACCUGCUGCCCAUCACGGGGAACACCAUACCUCUCAUAAACGUGUUCCUGUCCCUGUGCCUGGCCCUGAUGGUAGCCAGCCUCCUGGAGACGGUGCUCAUCACCAACCUGCUGCAGGGUUCCUCUCGCCACUCGCAGCUUCCUGGCUGGCUCCGACUGACGGUCAUCAAGGUGUUGGGGCGCCUGGUGCUGCUUCCUCCAAAGUCGACACAAGCGGUGGUCCCAAACCCGUUCACGCUGGAAGACAUGGAGGCGGUCAGUGUAAGAGCAGGUGUGGGCGGGGCCCUGAGAAAGGAGGGCGUGGUCCAGCAGGAGUUGAGGAGAUUGGGGGAGGACCUCCGUGUCAUCCGCCUGCGGUUGGAGCAGGAAGUGGCGGGCGGCCAGAGCUCGGAGGAGUGGGUCCAGGUGGGCUUCAUCGUGGACCGCCUGCUGUUUGCCAUCUACAUCCUCUUCAUAUCGGUCAGCUUCUUCACCAUCAUCCUCAUCUGGGUCAACUCAUAAAACAUGCUUUCACUUUCACUUUGUGUGCAUAUCACUUUGAAUAGUUUCACUUCAUUUUUUACAUCCAAUAAAACCAAAA